CACCAGCAAGAGUGUGGGCACACUCUCUGGACUCAGGGUCUGCUCUGAGUGGGCUGUUACUGUUACUCAGUCCAUUGUAGAGAAUAAAAAUGCAGGAGAAAUUCAGCUGCACUGCUUUUGACUUCAUAGCAUUAAGACAGGACUGUGUUAUGAGUUCGGGUCACCAGAGGUCAGCAUUGUGCGCUCUGCGGUCUGAGUCUGUCAUUUAACAUGGCGUGUUAACAGCAGCAUGUACUACAGACCGUUGUCUUCAUCGUUUUUGCAGGUCUGGUGAAUUCAUUUUCAAAGGCUGAUGAUGGCUCUCAGCCGUCGACACUCAUGAUGGGUCGGGUUUAUGGUCUGGGUUCCCCCACCGUGGAUUGGGAUGCGCAGUGCGCUCUGCAGCCGCUGCCAACUGGGACUGCUGCAGUGUAAACAAGACUGUCCGAGGCUGCAGCGCCGCUGCUGUUUGUAGGCGAAAACGUAACAGCGUGGUACCAAUGGUAGUUGACUUUUCGCCUUCAACGAGCAUAGUUUCAUCACGGAUCCACCAUGGGUUUGUUCGUGCGCAGUUACCCUCACCAUGGAGUGGAGGAGCUGGUUUGAUCUCCUCCUUUAAAAUCCUCUUGAUUUGCAUGUGUGUUUCUCCCAGCGCGUAUUAAAUCAAAUGGACUUUACUGCGGAGGAGAGGGAGUCGGAAAAUGACUGAUAACCAGGAAACCCCUGAUGCUGAGGAUAGUCCGUCCGGGGGCGCGACCUUGCCGCUCCGGCCGCCCUGCGAGCGUCUCCCCUGCCAUAAGAGCAGCGUGUGCUCCCGCUCCUACUUCGUGGUGGUGAUGGUGUUUUUUCACGUCUACAUCAUUAAUGUUAUUGCGCUGCUACUCUACGUGCACUACAGCAGUGGGCAGGGAGAUGACAACCGGAGUCGUGAUGCACCCCGCGGUGACCAUCGGCGCACCGAGUCGGGACGUCCGCCAUCAAAAACGGACUUUCUGCGUGAUGUUUCCCUGACAAGAGUCGAAGGAAUACGAGUGAGUUGAAUCAUGAUACUCGUCUCCUACUCUGUGAUUUGUUUCUCGGUCUGUCUCCCACACACACUCAUACACACAAACCGAUUCUCUUGUGUGUUUUUCAGGUGGGACACGUGCAGAAGCUGUCACUAGUGCCAGGGAAAGUGCACGAGAUGCGGACCCUGAGUAUGAAACCUCUUCUGUUUGGUGAGAGACCAAAGAUCCACUGAACAAAUCUGCAGCACACCCACACCAGCCUCUAGUGGCCAAACAGGUUUCUUUAUCCAACAAAUGUAAACAUACCUACACUCUUACACUUUAUUCUUAUACUUCCACUGCAUCAUAACAUAUAGUGCAUGUGUGUGUAAACGCAAUACAUUUGAUGAAACUACUUUAAGCCCUGGGGCAACUGCCUCCCUCUGCAUGUCACAUCCAAUUAAAGGGCUGACUGACUAAAAUGCAGCAAACAGAUUUAGUCAUUACAUGCAAUGAAACGUGCAAAAGAGGGUAGGGGAGACCGGGGCUUGUUGUCACAUUGCAGUUAUCUUUGCCACCAGAGGGCGCAACUAAAAAGUGGAAUACUAGUUUUCUUCCUUUACAUGGUCAGGGGUCGUGUCCUGUCUGAGAAGAGAAGAGCACAUUGUGAGCAGAGAUGAGCAACAAUUAAGCAUUUCGCACAACCCAAAGUAAAAAAAAUAACUUAAUAUAUUUUGAAAUAAGCUUCUUCCAGAUAAAAAUCCCAGCAGUGAUAAAUGUGGAUUGUUAGAGGAGAGAUUAAGGCAUCCUGUCAUACCUCAGUCAUUGGUUUAAGAUAAUUUUAAACUAGAGCUAGAAUUAGCAGACAUGAUAGUUUGGGCCAACAUGUUAUUUGGGGUGAAUUGUCACAUGUUUAAAAGGGAUUAAAAUUAACAUCGAUCGUCUGUUUAUCAGCAGUUGUCACAUUGAAAUUUUGACUCUAUUUUUACAGAGAAAAGAGUGCUUUAAAGCAAGAAGAUAUGGUCAGGAUUUAUGAAAGAAACACUAAACAUGACAGUGCAGUUCCUGACGUGAUGCUGAGAGCAGUCAGACAGGUGACCCGAGCUAAUAAAUCAAUCUGGAGGACAAUAAAGGACUUUAAUGUCAACUACCAUACCUUGUAAGCUCUGUACUGCAAAACAUUCACCCCAGCUGAAAUACAGAGUCAGACAGCUCUCCAAACUCCAGAGCACGUUGCAUAAUAUUUUAUGUUAACGUUUGUUAAAUUACUUUUCUAGCUCAACGAUAAACAUUUUCUGUGCCUGACUUUGAUGUUGACUUUAAAGUAAAAAAAUGAGAACAACACUAAUUUUGUCCUUGUUUUAUUAGCUGCAAAUCAACUGUGACAUCUUACCCCAUGUACUGAGACAACUUAACCGAUGGUGAGGCAACAUGUCACAUGUUCACACUCUCUAUUUGAUUGCUUAUAACUCUGCACUGACACAAGAUAUGAAAAUGACAUGAAUACGAAAUAUAAACCUGAGACUUUGGUCUUUCAUGUUGUACACAUUUUGUUUGUAUUUGAUGUAUUAAUUUCAAGAAAAAUACAAGAGUGUAAAAAGUGUGACAACAAGCCCCGGUCUCCCCUAGCUUGGCUGGGCCAUCCUGUUGCGUCAGUCACUUGACGUUCCUUCCCACAACAGUCUGGACUUCGGCCCAUAGAGAGCGUGUAUGCCCGAUCAGAAAAUAACCGGGCCAAUCAGAGACCGUGUUUCCACUGUUACCCGGACAACAGGGAAAGGCAGCCCCUGAUUGGUCCAUGUACUACUGUAACCAAUCACCGUAACCAAGCAUCUGUGCUGAUGUCAGAUGCUUGGUUACGGUGAUUGGUUACAGUGGUCUGUCUAUCAAGGAAAGUACUCCCGCCCACUUUCAGGGCUUCCAAUGGGCCGAAGUCCAGACUGUGGUGGGAAGGAACGUCAAGUGACUCACGCAACAGGAUGGCCCAGCCAGGCUAGGUCUCCCCUACCAAACAUUUUGAUAUGGAAAAGCAAUUAAAAUAUACCCCCCUCUUUAGACUCUAGCAGGUUUGGUGCAAGGAAAAACAAGUUUGUAUGGAUUAUUCACAGUAAAUAUUAAUGGUUUCACAUGGCAGCAUUGGGUCUGCAAACUAAAAUUCAACAUUAGUGCAAGUGAAAUAAAAAUAUGACUGCGUAUAGGUGGGUGUUUGUUAUGGUCUGUUUUAUUGUCCAAAAAGAGAUGAUGUGAUAACCUAUGUGUUUCCAUAUUUAAUAAUACAGUAUGUGAAUGUGAUAAAAUCAUGCUGAGGAAUUCUUUCAAAAUGAUUAUUUACAUAAAUGUAGGGCUGGGCGAUAUGGGGAAAAGUUUAUAAAAAAAAAAUUUCAUAUCAGUUGAUUAAAAAAUUAAAUUUAACAAUGUUUAUUGGUAGCAUGUCUUUUGCAAUGCAUUAAUUUUAUAUAUAUAUCCUUAUCGUUUUAUCACCAGCCCUACAUAAAUGUGUGAAUUAUUACUGAUAUUGUACAGGAAAGUCAUUAACAAGCUUUUGUCAACAUAAAACUAGAGCAGCUGAAGGUCAAGUGUAGAAAUGUAGAGAACAUAGACUUGUGAUAGAGGAGAAAUGUAAACAUCUAUUUCUGUUUUCUGCAGAGAUUCCUGGUUUUUUGUCAGAGGAUGAGUGUCGUGUUGUGAUGCAGCUUGCGCAGCUUAAAGGUCUCAUGGAGAGCCAGCUGAUGGUGCAAGAAGGACAGGAAGAGCUGGCCAAGGAGCUCAACCUGAGCCCAGAGGAGAUCUUCAACCUACUGGAUAUCAACCAGGAUGGACAGUUGCAGCUUCAUGAGGUGUAUGUCAGUUUGUGGACUGUGAGCAAACAGGCUCAAGUGUUUGUCUACACGUCCUUUUUGAUUUUUGGUCAGAAUUAGUCAAUUCAUGCUUGUAUUUUACUAUUAUGGCUAGAUACUGACUCAUUCUCGAGUGAGGGACGGCAUCUGGCUCACACCGGAGAAUCUGCGAGAAAUCUAUGCCGGGCUUAAAGCUGACAAGGAUGGUAAUGGUAAGAAAAAGCAAAACAUCACAUUAAAAGGGUUUAACUAAAACUACUUUGUGCAGGAGCUAAAGAGUUUACUUUUAAGAUAACUAGUAGUAUAACAUUUCUCUGCUCAUAUUUUGGACAGGUUUGCUAAGUCUUGAGGAGUUCAGACUUCUUAGCAGUGAUGCCUUCCAGCGCUUCCUGAUGCAGCAAGGCGUGAAAAGGAGUCAGCUGGUGAGAAACAGCAGACACACAUGGCUGUACCAAGGCAAAGGAGCACACCAGGUCCUCCAGGACAUAAAGACCAGGUAAUACAGUUAAACUGUAUAAUCUGAUUUGCCGUUAAAGGGAUAUUCCGGCAUAAAAUUAAUUUAUGGUCAAACACACCGUAACACAGAGUUCGCCAACCCGUUGAGACAUGAAUGUUGCCGACCGCUUGCUUCUCUAGUUAUACCAACUUGAGUAUGGCGGCAGGAUUGCAAUACACAGUGGUCUAAGGAGCCAUAAACAAACCUCCACCAAAACGCCACUCUAUAGCCACAAAUAAUGCUCAGAACAGCACCUAACUUCAUCAAAUAGCCAUCAAGCAUCUUUUUAACUUUGUCUAAUUUCUUUAGCAAAGAGACUAAACAGAGCUCACCUACUCUCUUCCAGUAGCUGCUUGUUUGUAGCAAGACCUCGGGCCAGUCCAUUACGGACUGCUGCGGGGUGACGCAGCUCAAGGAAGAACAUUUAGGAUUAUUUCUUAAUGGAAAUGCAAUCAGACCGAGACGCUAAGGCAGAAGAACUACAGCGUCUGCAGUGCAAAAUGAUUAAUAUGACGAUUAAGGAAAUGAUAUAGUAGGCCUGGACGAUAUAGAAAAAAAGCAUAUCGAUAAAAAAUAAAUCAUAUUGAUCGAUAUCGAUAAUUAUCGAUAUAAUUAUUAUAAUUAUUUAACAUAUAUUUUAAUUGCAGCCCUGGAUAUUUUAUGCUAUUGCUUAAUGACCUACUUUUAAUAAAGAACACACAACCUUUAUUCAACCACUUUUUUUAUUUUACCACAACUGAAAGUUUUUUAAAAAGGAACUAAAAAAAAAAAAUCAACUUAAGUGGCCUGAGUGACGUCAGUAAAUACUGACAAACAUAAAGACUAAAGUGACCAGAAAAUCUGAUAAAUAAAUAUUUAAAUAGUCUUUUGAUGAAAAUAAACAAAACAAACAAAUAUAUAAAUAAACAGAAUAGCUUUAGGUGGGAAUAGCAUACUACCAGUUUUAACUGUGUGAGAAACUGCCCACAGCCUGGUGUCUGAACACUGAAAUAUUUCUCCCGGGGUCGGGAGAUUUAUUUUUUUUAAUUAUCAUGUGAUUGACUUAAUACACAAACUAAGCACGAGAAGCAGGACUUAUCCACGCCGGUGUUGUGUCGUAGAAUGCACCCCUGCCGAAUGCACCCCCUGCUAGUAGCCAUGAUCCAAAUACUCGCGUCUUUGUAAAAUAUGAGCUCAUUUGAACGUAUUUCCUCCGCACCCUUCUCACAUUUUCAACCCCUGACCCAUUUUCAUGCCUGAAGCGCUGUGUUUGAGAAAUACUUGCGGCCGGGCACUUCAUAUCGCGGGUCGAGAGUGGCUAGAAGCUGGUCGAAGCCAGGCUUUUCAACGGUAGUUAUUGGCAGUAUGUCCCUCGCUAUGGAGCAUGUUACUGCAUGGGUGAUGUCCUUAUGCCGCUCGGACGCUUUGUCGUAUUUUGACAAGAAACGAAGUCCAGUUUGGUCGGCUUCACAUGCUUUGUGCUGGUGCUGGCAGCGGUUCCAGAGGAUUCCUCCUCCGACGACGACGUGGAGCCGCGGCGCGGCCGACACAGCUCGUACUCCUGCGGGUGCGACCGGUUUAGAUGGUAAAACAAGUCGGUUGUGUUACCAGACUUGGUUUUUACUAAUUCUCUGCAAAUUUUGCAAACGACCGCUGUUCGCUUUUUGUCAGACUUCUAAAAACCAAAACAUUGCCAUGCUGGUGAACUACUGAAACCUUUUUUCGGGACACUGUCCUCCGCUUCUCCUUGCUGUAUCAUUUUUUCUAAUACACGUGCUGUCUGUUGUGGUUUGGUAAGGGCUGGGCUUGGUGCCGUAGCAUACCUGGGUCUGCGUUUGUGAUUGGUUGGGAGGAAGUAAUGACUGUAGUAAAAGCUACAUGAUAGGCUAUGAUGAAAAAGAAAGGGAAACUGUGUUUUUCUAUCGAACUUUUUAUCGACCCGUUUUUUUUCUAUCGCACCACACGUCUAUCGAUCGAUAUAUAUUGUUAUCGAAUUAUCGUCCAGCACUAUGAUAUAGUAAUGAUUAUAAAGUGUAUUGCUAUCGUGCGGUUGUUACUAAAUUAAUAUUACACCGGAAUUUUCCUUUAACACGAAAAGACAAAAAAAAGAAAUAUUUUUCCCCUGGGUUCUCCAACUUUUCCCUUUCUCUAACAAAGGGUGACUCGCCUAACUCGGCUUCCGCCCUCAUUGGUUGACCUCAGUGAGCCUCUUCAGGUGGUUCGCUAUGAAGAAGGAGGACACUACCACGCCCACCAUGACAGUGGCCCAGUGUAUCCCGAGACAGCGUGCACACACACACGACUCGCUGCGAACACCUCAACCCCUUUUGAGACAUCCUGCAGGUGAGGGAACUGUGGCCGCACGGCGCUCAUGUAGACAGGACUGCUCAAUCACCUUUCUUUGUGUGAUUACUAAACCUAACACUUCAUUGUGACAGCUGGCAUGUUAGUUUGUGUGACUCCACAUCGUGAACUUUGAAGAAUAUGUGUGCUUGCCACUUGUAUUCAAAGUGUCCUCUCGUGUUUGCACCAUACGUGUGUGUGUCAAUUUAAAUCUGUGUUGCACACCCAGGUACAUCACAGUUCUCUUCUACCUGAACUCUGUUGAGGGGGGUGGGGAGACCGCAUUCCCUGUGGCAGACAACAGGACCUAUGAUGAAGUGGUGCGUAACUGUGUGUGGGUCUAGGAGUGUGUGCAGGGAGCCCUGUAAAAGUACUGUGUACACUCUGUGCAUGUCUUUCAUAUCUGUGUUAACUCACGUCUUUGUCAGCUGGAAUGUGGGCCUGACGAAAAACAGUGCGUUACUGAGACCGGUUGUGUGUUUCAGUCUCUCAUACAGAACGACAUCGAUCUGAUGGACACCAGGAGGAAUUGUGACAAGAGUAACCUGAGGGUGAAGCCUACCAAAGGAACAGCUGUUUUCUGGUACAACUAUCUGUCUGAUGGGAGAGGUAGGAGUUCAACUACACAACAGUUUAAACACGUGGUUGCAAGAGAAAGGCAAAUGAGCAACUAUUCAUUUAAUAACCUGUGUCUCCAUUAAAGAACAUACACUUUUAAAGGUGGGUAGACGGGAUUCAGUUAAAGAAGCAUCUAUUUGGUGGUGUAUAUACAAAAAAGCGUCAGUACCAGUCAAUAGCUAUUAGUCAUUGAUGACAUUUGGUAAUAUAACGAUAUCGCUGUGUUUUGUUAUGUCUGUGUAGUCAACAUUUUAACAUUUUUGAGCGCUCCGCUCUUUCUGACCGUAAGCAAAGCCAUUCUCCACCUCCCCCAACUUGAUUGGUUGUGAGGCAGACGCUGCUCCCUCGAGUUGUGAGGCACGCUCCACGUCCUCAAAUAAAGCGAGCCCAAACAAAGUUAGCGUGCUAAUCGGACAGUUGAAACCAACCAGAAAGUACGGAAAAUUGUCUGAAUCCUCCUUUGGCCACGACUGCCAACACAAGCAAGAAAACAAAGUAAAUACCAGAGACCAUGGCAGAUUAACAGGUGCUUAAAAUGGAGGUAGACCGGACAAGAGCUAAAAAGCUUGGUCAUAAUCAAUGAAACAAACGAUAGGGAAGCUUCAGGAUCUUAUGGAUCCUGUAGCCUUUAUGCUGGACAGGUAAACCGCUUUAACAAAGUAAGUCAAGUGUCUGUAACAGAAGUGUUUCUUGUCAAACGGGACCUGCUGCAUGUUGUAGCGCCACUAAACCGCUUAUCUCAGGUCCUGGACUAUGUCACUUUAUCCUAGUUGUAGAAGUCCUGCAAACAUUGUGUUUGCUGGUAGUCUGUUGGCAUCUACAUUAGCACCACUGCUGUUUACUUUCACAUUGACUGGGCCCCAUUUGCAAUUAUCUGAAGUAUUUAUCUGCAUUAUAUCUGAAUUUAAUUGGAACGAUAGCAGUGAGCAGGAGUGUCUGUUUGUGGGCGGGGCUUGCUGGAACAGAGAGGGAGGGGAGAGGAGGAGCUGAGGGGAAAACUGGUUAGGAGGGGUAGAGUUUAUUUUCAAGAUUUCUCUCAAAAACUGCCUACCCCAUCUUUAACACAUUUUUGUGUUAUUAAAAUAUGAUGCUUAUGUGAAAUUUAAAAAAUGUGACAUGCAAAGAGUAAAAAAUUAUGUAAAUCACAGCAGUGUGAAAAAAGAUAAACCCAGCUAUAACAAAACUAGCAGCUGUUAGGCUAGACAUUGGCACAUUGGUGCACCCAUGCUCAUGUUAACACUCCCAUCUGGCUAAUGCUUAUUCAUUAUCUUUGAGCAGAUAAGUAUGUCAGAGCUUGCUACUGGCACUAAAGGCGAAUGGGGAAGCCAUGGUCUACUUUGUAUCAAUGUGGUGGACCUAAUUUAACAUCCCAAGGGGCUUUUUGCAAGUCUGGUGAAAAGAAAUAAAUACAGUCAGAUUAUUUUGCUAAUUCAGCUCAUCUUGUAGGCUUUAAAAAUACAGAAUGAUGUGGAGGUCAACAGCACUGAGCUCUUGUUUCCCCUCAUAGGCUGGGUGGGAGAGCAGGAUGAAUAUGCCCUGCAUGGAGGCUGUGUGGUGACACAUGGCACUAAGUGGGUCGCCAAUAAAUGGAUCAACAUCGAUCCGGAUUACCAGCGACAGGCUCACUACCAGCAGUUGGUUUCACAGCAGCCUGAAGAGGAGGAAGAGGAUGACGAAGGUCUUACUCUGAACCCAGACACCAAGAAUUCUGAUGUCCAUCAAGACUUGUAGCUCAUAAACCAAAUUUAUAUUUAUAAAAAAAAGAUCUACCUAGCAUUCCUUAGUCCUGUGCACAACUUUUUUGCCAACACCCCUGUGACCAGUAUGUAGAGACAAGAUUUAUUCAGGGAACGAGGUCACGGGGGAUUUAUGCAACUGUAAAGAGAUGCUGUUGUUUAAUUUAGCUUGAAUAUCGUUAUCCUGUCUAUUUUUCAUUAGUCUGCUAAUUGUAAUAAUUUCCCAUCAAAGGAUUGUUGCACUAGAAAUUCAUGGAAAGACUUGAGACAAUCCUUUGCAUGCAUUAGCUUCACAGGUUUUGCUGAAGCUUUGAGCAAAAAUUGCACUUGAAAAUGGACAUGGCUGCUGUAAUCAUUUUAGUGUCUCUCUUUGUUGUUGCUACCAUGACCAAAAAGAGGCUCACACACCGUCAGUGUGAUGCAUGUUGCCUUGUCGUUGUUCCUUGAAUUUAUAUAAUGAUUUUAUGACAGAAUGCUGUUCAAAAGGUGAUAUUGGAAUGUCUCCUUUUAUUUAUUGAUUGAUUGAUUUUCCUUUAGGCUGCACUGUAUCACUCUCCUACACUUAAUAAAAUUUAAAGAUAAUUA